ACACUGAAACCAGGAACACCUUCACAUCCUGGCAGGCAACUGAGAGUAAACAAGGUAAGGCACUGCACACUCCCUGCUCCAGCAGGUACCCGGGGAGCUGUGAGCCAGCUGGGGAUGGGGAUCUGAUCACUGGAAAGGAAAGGCUGCAGCAAAGCAGGCAAGGUCCAGCACAGCUUGUUGUGAAGGAAAAUGUCUAGAGAAAUAUUGGCUUUGCAGGUUAAAAAAAUAAAGAAACAGAAGAGGGGUAAUUUGGAAAGCUUCCAGAGGCAAAGGUUUUAAGGAGCAGGUUUAAUGUUCUUCUGUCUUUUCUUUCUGCAUGCUGCCUCUACAAUAGCCUAAAAUGUGCCUGAUCUUCAAUUUCCUGGUUGUCCAAUACUUUUUUUAUUUUUUUUUCCUUUUAAGGAAGCAUUACUUCUGCCAUACAGCUCUAGCCAAAACAAUUCUUGAGGCAACCCUGACAAUCUAGAGUUUAACUAAACUUCAAGCAAUUUCCUUCCUUGCCAAGGAGCCUUUUCUUGUGGCAGAAAAGCAGUCUGCAGUAAAAGUUGUGUUUCAUACCAUUGAAACAGGCUCUCUCUGGACAUUUGAGCUCUAUUGGGCAUCCCUCUAGCAAAGAGCAUUAUAUCACUCAUGGAAACUCAGCUUAUGUCUCCUCCUGCAGUUCCUACCUGGAAAAACAUUUCUGUUUUCCUGGAGUCCAGUUUUCAUUGUCUGAACUUUAAAAACAGUCAGUCUGCUCUGGUGAGGGAUUUUUUGGUAGGCUCCUUUCUCCUUUUUUUCCUUUUUUCUUUUCUUUUUCACAUGAAUCUUUUCAAUGUUCUGCACCACUUUUGGAAUCUCUUAAAUUUUCUCUUGGUACCCAUUAUAUUGGUUCUAGUUUCUAGGAGGAAAUGUAAUGGGAAAACACAGGGUCAUGUUGCUGAAAUGAUUUCCCCCUUCAGAGAAACAUCCCAGCUGAAAUGCUGAGGAGUUUUCUAUCAGAUGUGUCUUGUCUCCAUGCCCCAGGCUGGCUCAGGAAAAGCUCUCUGCUUUGUGCUGCUUUCACUCUCAAACUCCAUUUCAGUUCUCACUGGGCCACACAUCAGCUCCUCCCAACUCUUUUUGUUAUACAUUCUGCUGGCUUUAAGGAUUAGAUAAUAUUUUUAAGGGAAAAGACAGGAUUGGAAGCUUCAACAACACCAUUAUGCCGUGUCUAUGUUAAUGUUAAUUGUAAAGCCUAGCUUAAACUUUCUGUCUUCUCAUUUGAGAAGUCAGCAAAAUGGGGGAAGAGCUGAGACAAAUGAACUUUUCAGCACCUAGAGCUGGGAGAUCGAGGUAGAACUGUGAACUUAUUAGGACCUGCAAGGACUUUGGGAAUUGCUGUAAGUCAGUUAUUUUCCUUCAUGUAAAAAGAAGAAAUUAUCAAGCACAGACACGCAAAAGGGCCAUAGCCUGGCCGGGGUGGGAAGCAGCCGGGUCCCUCAGGGCGCUGUGCUGAGCAAACCUGACCCUUCCGUGCCUGGAGCUGCUGCUUUCAGCCCUGCCUCGCCCCGCUGCACGUUUGUGACCGAGCUUUGCCUGUCCCGUCCCUAUCGCGGGUGCCUCGCCGCCAGCAGCCGUGGGGAGGCACCGCCACCAGCGCAGCCUCUCACCUGUUCCAGGGCAGCCAUGGAGAAGAGUUACCUGUCCUUGCUCCUGCUGCUCAUUGCCAUCUCCUGCGCUCUGGCCAAGGAUGCGGCCAAGAAGGAUUCGAAGGACGCUACGGCUAAGCCAAAACUGCCUCAGACACUCUCCAGAGGCUGGGGUGACCAGCUCAUCUGGACGCAGACCUACGAGGAGGCGCUUUUCCGAGCCAAGCACAGCCAGAAACCCCUCAUGAUUAUCCACCACCUGGAAGACUGCCCACACAGCCAAGCCCUCAAGAAGGUCUUUGCUGAACACAAAGAUAUACAGAAACUGGCUGAAAAAUUCAUUCUCCUGAACCUUGUGUAUGAAACCACAGACAAGAAUCUUGCACCUGAUGGCCAGUACGUCCCUCGGGUUUUGUUCAUAGAUCCUUCCCUGACGGUGAGAGCAGAUAUUACUGGAAGAUACUCAAACCGUCUCUACGCAUAUGAGCCCUCUGACAUUUCAUUGUUGUAUUCAAAUAUGCAGAAAGCGCUGAAGCUCCUGAAGACUGAACUGUAAGAGGAAGAAAGCCCUUAAAAAUUAUGGAGUCUUAUCUUCCAUCUCUUCUCCACACCUUGAUACUGGUGAAGAGACUAUUUAGAUACUUAGUGAUGUGUAGUGAUGGUUUCUAUACAUAAACACUACAGUUUUACAUUAGCACUUUUGUACUGGGAAGCAUUUUUAAAAGCUGGAAGCUUUUAUUUUAAGGCGUACAGAAGAAUACUGUAUGAUCCAACUGUAAAAAUGAUUUUUUAAAAAAUAAAUUCAUUUCAAGUGUUUACAUACAAAA